AGCUCUCUUUAAUGAAUCAUUCAGUCGAACUAGUUCGUUCGUGUAACAACGCUCCUAAUAAACCUUCAGCUUGGAUUUAACAGGAGUUCGUUCCCAGUUAUCUGGAAAGGAAAUAAUGUUGAAACAACAUGUUUUAGUAGAACUAAGACAAUUCAUUCAGUCUGUGUCCACCAUUCAUCGCAGCAGUUCUAAUUUAACAUCAAUUGGCCUGAUUAGAGCCUCGCUACAUUUGCUAGAUGAUCUACCAUCGUGCAGAGAAAUUAUUUUCGAAUACUUUGCCUUGGUGGCUGAGGUAGGUGUCCAAAGCUAUGUGAAUACGGCGAAUGUGGACCCACAAACAGGGUUGAUUAUACAGCAGCCGCAAAAAAUGGCCGGAAAUCAGCAGCAACAGCAGCCUGUCUCCCAGGAAGAUCCGUGCUUCGAAAUGAUACAGCAAGCUCUGGAUAAUAUGGUGAGCAAAGGUCCAAGUGCAUGGGCAACGGUCAUUGCGUCGUGGAGCCUAGAACUGGUAGGGAGCUUGUCUGAUAAGUAUAGCAAAAGAAUGCCGAUUGGUGCAGCUUGUAAUUAUUGGCUAAACUGUUCAACCAUGCGGGGACUGCUUGCAUUGGUUAGUGUUUGUUUUCGAAAAUUGACGAACGCCGAAGCAGAGUCAUGUGUGGAGACUUUAUUAGCUGCCUAUCAACGAUAUUCAAUGACUUUUGAUUGGGUAGUGGCUCGCCUGGGAGGAUGUUUUCCCUCUAAAAUCAUAUCACAAAUUCUGCAAUGCAGCCUUAAACGAUUUUCAGAGAAUUAUCCUUGCCGAUUCGACUCUGAGAUAGGUAUUCUUGAGUACCUAUGUUUUGCUCACGAACAAGUGCUUCGAGUUUGCGUUAGAGAUCUGUUAGAGGAUGGUUUUCAACCUAAGAAAAAGUUAGACGCUUUAAUAGUACCCUUUGUGUUGGAAUUUUGUAAUUAUUCGGAUAUAUUGCUGCAAAAUACUGUUAGCGUUUUUCUUGAAAUGUAUAACGAUGAAUUACGUUGUAAUAUCGCCCAGAAGGCGCCAUUGUGGAUGGCAAAUAGAUUAUUUGCAGAUAUGCAACCAUCUCUAAACAAUUUAAUACUACGACUUAAAAUGAAUGGUGCCAAAGCUUUGAUUACUGUAUCAAAAAUGUCGGAACAAUAUUCGUGGUGCCAGGACUUCUUAGAAUAUUCACUCCAGGAGCUGGAGCAAAUUGUACUGAAUGCUAGAGUUUGCCCUUUAAUGGACGAUUUGGCAACAGAGGAAACGAAAUACAUGUUAUGGAAAAGCUGUUUGAGCACAAAUAUUUAUGAACAACAAACUGCUGUACGUCUUCUACUAGUUGUUUCUACACAACACAACCAUAUAUAUUAUCAGACAAUAUCAGAAUUACUGCGUAAGAGUUACGCCCUUAAUUCGUCUGGCCUGGGUGCCAUAGUAAGGAUGAUUGGUGGUCAAUCAGGCGUGGUUGAGUUCCCAGAAAUAAAAUCAGGCAUUCAAAUGGUCCUGGAAGAUGCUCUACUGCAGGAACAGCUGAAAAAAGCACGUCUAACAAAGUCCUUCGAUGAGUCUGAGGCCCUCAAUAUAUUUAAAAAUUUAAAUACGUUAACGAAAAUGGAAAAGAAAAAUAACUUCUGUUGUAUAAAACAACAUCAGCUAAGAUCAGCUUUAAAUGAAAGCCUGCCGAAAAUUUUGCAAAUACUGGAAGUUACAUUGGAAAAACUCGUAUUAAGGAUGGAUGCAGAAGCUUCUGUGCGCAGUGAGGAGAAGUUUCGUGAUCUCCAGAACCAAACAAACAACAACACCAUUAACGUCUACAAUUCACGCAAAAAGCCAAGGCUUGGAAUUGUAGCAGAUAUUUGCGAAGAGGAGGAAGAAAUUGAUUAUAUGUCAAAACGUCUAAUGUUGGCACACACAAUUAUAGACAUAUUGAACACAAUUGAAGCGGGUUCAAAGUCGCAAGUUAUAAAGACCACCGAGAUAUUAAAAAUGGCCAUACUGAGCGUUAAGUACUUUUAUAUUAGUCUAAAUGAACCAAGUACAACCGAACGUAUGGCCGCCAUUAACCGCGUGUUAGUUUUACUCCAACGUCAGUGCAGAGCACGAAAAUCGUCCCGUUCCGCUUGCCUAAGAGAACUUGUUGAGGGUGCACUCUUUUAUUACGGUUAUUUAUUUGGCCAAUAUGAAGAUCCUCCCAUGGACGAGCUAUUGAUCCCCGAAAAUGAAAUGAUUAUAGUACAAAAUCAAAAACAGUCAUUUGGGCCAAAUUCUAAUCGGUCUAUUCUGCAUGCUGGGGUCAUUGGUCGUGGUCUAAGGCCCGAAAAUGCUUUAGCCGGGGAAUUAUGUCCACCUGAAGCGCAAACACUGCUUCUAAAAGCGUUAGAAAUGUGUUGUUCCGACAUUGAUCGUCAAGUCGCAAUCGAAUCCUAUUCGACAAUUUCACUGCUUCUGGUAGAAAUGGUAUCAACCGAUGUAAUGUACAAUGGACUUCCAUUUCCGGACGAAGAAUUUACUAAAGUAACAAUGGAAAGGGACCUACUGAUUAGGAGAGCUUUCAUUACAUCUCCCAUAUUGUGGUCUUUACUAGGCUUUAUAUCGACACAUCGACCAGCUUUGUGUUUCUCUUCCGUAUUAUUGAGAGCACUGUGCGCCACGUGUUUGCACCAAUGGAGGGCAAAAAACGUCAAUAAGUUUGAAACAAGUAACGCAAGUGGUGAACUCAUGGAAACAACAAAGAAUCUUUUAAAAAUUCUUGCAAUGGGGCAGUUGUUGCCGCCUCCUCUUUCUAAUCUCCACAAUAUCAUUGAACACUUCGAACCACAAGAGAUUGCCCUAUUACUUAAGGAGUGCGUGUGGAGUUAUAUGAAGGAUAAUGUACCGUCUCCUGCUCAAUUUCACGUCGAUAACAAUGGACUGCAAUGGCGCAAUUCUCAGUUGUGUAAAAUUCCACCACAGUACGUGGACACAUUGCGGAAUCUGAUGCAGAAAAAACUUUCAAAAUUAGGUCAACACUACUAUCAAAUGUUUAUUAUGCCCGAGUAUGUUUCAAACGGCAUGUCUCAACUUCACAAUGUUCCAGCAAGCAUAAACCCCACGCUAUCGGAUCAUGCGAUUGAAAUAUAAACAGAUUACCAAAA